AGUCGAAGCUGAACGAAGCAGAACAUUGGACGAAAAGCAGUAGCUAGAUCAAUAUCAUCGAUAUCAUAUUUUGAAAAUAAAGAACGAAAAAGACCAAAAUCAAAAAUGGAUAUCUGCGAAGUCCAGAAAAUCAUCAAUAAACGUCAUCAAAAUGGAAAGAUGCAUUUUUUGAUAAAGUGGGAUGGAUAUUCACAUGCUCACAACUCAUGGGAGCCGGAAGAAAAUCUGGUAGACUGCGCAGAAGCCCUGUCCGAGUUUGAACGGAAAAAUGCGACACGCAUUCUAAGCGCCGGACAGAAUCAAAACAGCGACAUUCAUUAUUUGGUCGAACUGAAGUCGGAAUUGAAGACUGAACUGGUUUCGGCCGAUCGCGUCGCUGUUCUUUGGCCGGAUCAUCUGGUUUCAUUCUUGGAAGAGCGAAUUGUUUGGCGUCGGCGUGUCGAUUUUGACAGCACAAGUCCAGUUGAAAAUCAACCAGUCGGACAAGCAAGAAGAAUUACAUAUGUGACGAAUGUGGGCUCCACGCUGCUCUACUGGGUCGAAUAUGAUGAUGGCUCACAGUUUGUGUCAGCAAAAGAGGCUCGAAAGAAGUAUAGCAACUUGAUUAUCGAAUACCUCCAGCCUCAUUUGCUUGUCGUGGAUUAAUGGCAACAGAUUAUCGAAACGGAUACAAUGUGCCAGUUCCGAACAAGUUUCAUUUUUUUGUUAAAAGAAUUUUCGCUUGCAAGCGAAACAAGCAAACAAAAAAAACGAAAUCAAAACUCAAGUGCCCAGAAAAAUUUAUUCUAAUUACGUUUAAGAUAUUCUCAUAAACCGAUGAAAUCAGAUGAAAUAUUUGAAAUUAAUAAAUUGAA